AUGAAGGGGUCUACUCUUUUACGGAAAAAGUUACAAAACAAUACAGAUUCACUCAUCGAGUUAGGAACAUGCUCUGUUAAAAAAGUUCUCCGACCCCCUCAUUUGUUUGAUGUUCAUCAUGAAUUGGGCUCCCGAGAAUUUACCAUGUAUGCAGGGAACAUUUGCAAUGCGCGUGUUUUGAUUCAUUGUAGUGUUAGUAAUCGUACCCUACGCCCCUUGAAAGGGGGUUCUGGAAGUUAUAUUAAUAAGAAAGAGUUACCACAUAGGGUACGUUGCCAGAAUAAGACUUUAGAAACUUCUCCCAUUGAGUUUUCUGCAUUUAUAAGUGUUCCUUUUUCAGGAAUUACAAUUGAGGCAUCAUGUUCUUCUUUUCUUGGUUUACUAAUAGUUGAUGGUAUGGUAAUACAUAAUGGUUGUCUCACUGAAUCACUGGUACCACGCGAUGGACGUUCUAUUCGUGAAAUGCUAUAUCAAGGACCUUUGUUAAACCAAAGAGGAUUAUCCGAAAUUGCGAUUAAUUUGAGAAGCUGUACCAACCCGUUAGAUCCCUUUAGACAGGAACAUGCAUUCUUUUUCGAUGGUCAUGUAAGGUCAUGGAGUUCGCGCUUUAUGCGUUUUGGCCAUACACCAGUUCACACCACAAGACCAGAGUUUUCUGAUACUUUGUGUCAGUUUAUUGGAUGUUUUAAUAUUGAUGAUGAGCUCGCGUAUUUUGUUGAACAAUUCGCUCAUGUGGUUCAGGCCAGAGAAAAAGAGAUGUGGUCUAGAGUUCUUAAAACAGUUCUUGGUGGUAAGUCUUUUGUUUUUCCCUCGCCUUAA